AUGUCAGCAAUUGGAUUAGGCGGUCCUAUAAAGAGGUCUACUGGUGGAAGUGCUGCGACCGUCGCUGAGCCGUGUGCGCGGCCCGAUGUGGACGCUGUUGGCCAUAGCGAACAGAUCUACAAUCUCGUGUCCCUAAUCAAAUGUCACGACGCAAGUCUUCUCGAAUGCGGGGGCGUCGAGGGCCUGACGCGGCACAUUUUUUGCCAUCCCUGGGGCGAUGGGUCCCCCCAAGUGAAGUUAUAUCAAUCGUGGGUUAUCCACAUACUGCGAUUGCUUGGAAAGAAAGUCGAGAUAAGUCGAUCCGAUGACCCUUUGGCAGUCGCAGAGAUUAUAGUUGAUGCUCUUCAAGGCCUCGAUCUGGAUGGUGCCGAAGUAUCUGCGGCACAUAUGCGGCAGGGGUACGGCUACGUCGCCUGCAAAGUGCUCCAUGAGCUGCUCAAGAAGCUCAUCACGGCACGCGGCAUUCGGUUGACCGCUUACGAGUUGUGUAACAAAGAAGGCUGUGGAUUCGGGGGGGCGUGUGAAGAAGACGUGGAGGAUUUUGCGGCGACUCAAAUUGGCGGAGGCGGCGCUGAACUCAGUUCGGAUCACGACAACGAGGAAGACGAUGAUGUUAGUGCCGUGGGCGAACUGGGGAAGCGCGAUGGAAGGCACGAUGCGUCAGCUGCCAGCGGGAACUCACCCGUUACUGUGAAAGACCAAUGGACAGAAGAAGUUGAGCAGAUGCUCAAGUUCAAGAAAGCUUUCGACCAGCAUUUGCCACAGCUGUCUCGGUCUUUCAAACACCUACAAGCAGAGUUACAGGAGAUGCUGACUAGGGUUGAGGCAAAGGAAGAGUGGAUUGGAAGGCAGUUUUCACGCAUUAUUACGGAACAUAAGGAGAUUUGCCAGGAGCUAGAAAAUCAAGUUGAACGCCAGCAGAUGCUUCGUGGGAGACUGGAGGAUCUCCAGUCAAAGCGAGAAGCGACCCAGGAAGCGUACGACCAGACCAGCAAGCUGCUUCAAGACAAGUACGAUCACGCAACCGACACAAGGCCCCUCCAAGAGUUGGCGAAGACUCUCGCCACUAUGAAAGCGGAAAUAAAGCAAAUGGAGCUUCGCAUCGGAGUGCUCCAGCACACCAGCAUAAGGGCGGCGAUUUGGCAAGCUCAUUUUCUUGUUUUGUUCGAGUGGGCAGCGUGUGUGCGGCUGUGA